UCAAAAAAUAUUUGUCUAUCAACAGUGGAUCAAUUUGUGUUUGACGAAGUAUUGCUUUGAUUGUUUCAGUCAAGUUUUAGUUUUAAAGUUGAUACUUUGAGUUAACAAAUUUUACAAUGGGUAAUUCCUUUGGACAUAUCUUCGAGAAUGCCUAUAACUUAUAUAUGCACCCCGAUAUUACACCUAGUCCUUUAGAUGAGCCUAGUUACGAUCCAAAUUUUGGAUUUCCUAAUGGUCGUGUCGAAAGAGUUUCAAAGGCAACUAAAGAAGAACUGAUCUCUGCUAAAGUACCACUUAAUAAACGUGAUUAUUGUGCACAUUUAGGGAUUGCAUAUAAAGCUUGUAGGAAAGACCAUUGGCCAUUUGCUGUGAAAUGUUCGCAUGAGAAACAUGCUUAUCUAAAUUGUGAAUAUGAAGAGUAAGUGCUAUUAAAUAGCAAUUUUAUGCUG